GAGAGCAGCUUGACCUUCCACUGACGCGGCUCUCCAACGCGCAUGUUUGCGUGGAGCUCUUCGUGUGAUGUAACGCGGUCGCACGUUGGUUUAAUUUUUUAAGUGAAUCAUACAUAUAAAGGAAGUUACAUGUGUGUGUAUAUGACUGUGUGGGGUUAUUGUAUUGGCCUGUCGGUUAUUAUUCGGGCGUGAGGAGGAUUUCAGCACCGGGAGCUGUCCGACACAUCCGGAUGAUGCCGCGUAAACCGACGAUGCUGAGCUCGAUCUGCUGAAAUCCUCUCUCUCUCUCUCUCUCUCUCGCUCUCUCUCUCUCUCUUCUUCUCUCCCUCCUCGCUCCUCUCCUCCACACGCACAAAACGCUCUGUCAUGGCGUCUUCCAACAAUGUUACCCCCACCAACUGUAGCUGGUGGCCCAUCUCAGCCAUGGAUGAAGACGGCAAAAUCACAGACGGGGAGGAGUGCGAAGAACCGACGACGGAGCCCACCAAACCCUUCAAUAAAGACAGGCUGGUUUUGUACCACUGGACGCAAUCGUUCACCUCCCAAAAGGUACGCCUUGUCAUAAACGAGAAGGGUCUGGUCUGCGAGGAGAGGGAUGUGAGCUUGCCCCUGCAGGAGCACAAGGAGCCCUGGUUCAUGAGGCUGAACCUGGGAGAGGAGGUUCCCGUCUUCCUCCACGGGGAGACCAUCAUCAGUGACUACAACCAGAUUAUAGACUAUCUGGAGAAAACCUUUGUGGGAGAAACUGUGUCUCAGCUGGUUCCUGAUGCAGAAUCACCUGUCCACGAGCACGUGCAGCAGUACCGUCAACUACUUGACGGUCUGCCCAUGGACGCUUACACACACGGCUGCAUCCUCCAUCCAGAGCUCACCACUGACUCCAUGAUCCCAAAGUACGCCACCGCAGAAAUACGGAGACACCUUGCCAAUGCUGCGACGGAGUUGAUGAAGUUGGACCACGAGGAGCCUCAGCUGACAGAACCGUACCUGUCCAAGCAGAAGAAACUCAUGGCAAAAAUUUUGGACCACGAUAAUGUGAAUUACCUUAAGAAAAUUCUGGGGGAGUUAGCGAUGGUACUAGAUCAAGUGGAGGCUGAACUGGAGAAAAGAAAACUAGAGUAUCAAGGUCAGAAGUGUGAGUUGUGGCUAUGUGCACCUGAAUUUACACUAGCGGAUGUCUGCCUCGGAGCCUUGUUGCACAGGCUCAAGUUCUUGGGACUUUCUAAGAAAUACUGGGAGGACGGAAGCCGACCCAACCUGCAGUCCUUUUUUGUGCGUGUGCAAAAACGCUACGCUUUCCGCAAGGUCUUGGGCGACAUCCACACGACGCUCCUGUCGGCAGUCCUACCCAACGCCUUCCGGAUGGUAAAAAAGAAGCCACCGUCCUUCUUCGGGGCCUCUUUUCUCAUGGGCUCCCUGGGAGGGAUGGGCUACUUUGCCUACUGGUUUUUAAAAAAGAAAUACAUGUAGUGAAUGCCCUCUUGUUGUGUUAAAUGUCUGUGUAUUUGUGUGAUGUUUCAACUUUUCUGUAAUGUUUUAUGACUGCAGGAAAACAUAAUGAAUCUAUAUAGAGAACACUAUUACUUACCUGGGUGAACAAAGAAUAUUAAAACAUUCCAUAAUAAGAAAUCCUUGACAGCACAUUUUCUGGGAAUCAAGGCCUUCAUCCACUUUCAUUUUCUGGCAACUUGCAGCUCUCAGUGUCGGCAAGUCCUUGUUUUAACUUAAGUUGGAGGCAUGCAUCAGGUCCACUUUUACUGAAAACUUUUAAGUAGAAACCCAGAAAUGUUAAACACAGUAACACCAACAGGGGUUAACUGACCUUCGCAUGCCACUAUUAAAGUCAUUACUCAUCGUACCUGCUCCUCACUCCUCCCAUCAGCCUGAGGUUUAACCAGUAAAACCGCAGGAACACGUUCAUGACAAAGACUCUCUGAAAAGUGCUGUGCUGCCAGAAACUGCCAAUUAUAAUCAUGAAAGGAUGGAGGCAAACUGUAAGGGAGUAGUUUGACUUUUUUGGAAAUUAUUCUCCUCACUUUUUGCAGAGACUUGCAUCUUUGAGUUGAUACCAUCUCAAUUUCUGUCCUUUUUUUAAAAUGAAGCUACAGCCAGGGGAUGGUUAGCUUAGCUGAGGAAAAAGACUGGAAUCAGGGGCGAUACCUUACCUGUCUCUGCUUAUCGCUGCCGAGCUGCAUAAAUUUGCUAAAAAUGUAGCUUGAGUUGCAUUGUAGCAUUUUACAUCUGCUGAG